GAAUUUGAUCCUCAGCGAUGGACGUUCCCUGGGCCACUUUGGGCCGGUCCCAUUCAGCCCGACCUACCUCACAGGGAAAUUAGACCUUUUUCUUCUCUUCCAGUGGACGGAUUUAACUGGAUUUCUUCAACUUGGCAUGCUCCAGCUAUGUUGGAGCCAACUUCUCUCACCCCCAUUAUUUAGGGAGAAAGGGAGUAGAACACCUUUUCCUCCACCUGGCAAUUUCUGAUAAUUGUGAAAGCACAUGAAUGGCGGAGACGUCCUGGUUGCCUCUGUCAUUUCCAUCCAGAACAGCAGCUUUGUGUAUCCAUCAUGUCACAGUUGUUUUUCCAGGCUAUCGCUGCAGUUCAAACGAUACAAUUGCCAGAAGUGUGGUGGUUCAGGCGACACCAAAGAAGCAAACUACAGAUACCGACUUUCGCUGGAGGUAGCCGACACACAUGAUGUUUAUGAGGUCACAGUAUUUGGAAGCUGCUUAGAUGCCUAUUUUGGAGCUACAGCAAAGGGUCUGCAAAGGUACAUCGAAGAACUGGACCGAGAAGCAGAAGAGGACAAAAACGAUGCCGUGUUUGGUGUAGUAUUUCGUGCCGUUGAAACCUGCUUUGUUGGGAAGAAGUUUGUCUUCAGAAUUAAGAGUUCCGACAGGCCCAGUGUGGCUAGCUUAUUGCAAAAUGGCUGCCCAACGGAGAGAAGCACCAAAACUCUCGUCGCCUCUGAAAUGUUCGUACCCCAUCCUGGGCUUGUGGGCCACACCGUUAUCUACUACAUGGAGCAACAGCGAUGUUUUCAAUUGAAACAGAGGCACGGGGUUUUAUGGCUUCCGGAUCAUGUCACGGUAUCUGAUCAUGCAAGUAGAGAAUUAAAGAGCCUGCCUCUCUGGGAUGAUUUGGAUGUGACUCAAUCCAGUCGUCGAAAUGAUUUUUCCGCCUUCUGGCCUCACUCAUUCGGACUAAGCUGGUCGUCCACUUCCUCAGAAAACGCAGAACACUCUGCGGCUUUCGUUUCGUGCCAGGCCGCCUCGGAGCAGCAAAGAUGCGAAGGUGGAUCUGUUAUGUCGCAGAGGCACUUGGUUUACAACCUCAGGAGCCAAAACCUGAUGCAGGAUAAAGGAUAUGGACAAGAAAAUAAGACGUCUUGUUUGUAUCCUUCUCCACAAAGCGUCACCACUAAGGACGAACCAGGAGGUAAACCUUCCAUAAGAAGAAAAGAUGGCGAUCUACUAGAAAGCCCUUUAGCAUUGGCGCAGAAAGAUUCCUCACACAGAAUUAGCAUCCAGUCCAGCUGUGGGCUAACAAAUCCACAGCCCCCUUUGCCCCACCAGAGACCUAAGGAACGCCUGGCUUCCACAUCUUCUCCUGAUGCUACGGGAGGUGUAACCUCUCAAGAAGCCUCCUCUGAAGUCUUAAUGGAAUUUCUUGCCGAACUUGACAAUCACAGCUGCACUGCUGAUUUAGCAAACGGUCAAGAGCAGCGUUCUGCCUCAGGCCCCUGUGAGAAAUCAGGUGAAGAUAAAGAGAACAAGCUGCCCGCGGAAGAACAAGACUAUUCUUUGAGACGAAGGGAUGUCUACUGUUCCCCAGGGGCGGGUUCCAGCUGCCCCAAGGCUAAUUUUGAUGCUUCGGCAGAUCUCUUUGAUAUUAGUGUCAGGGGAUCAACAAAAAACACUUCAGCAACGUUACACGGGCCCCAAAUAGUCUCGCCGUGGGCUGGUGCCCUGAGCCCAAACUGUAUAACGUCAGAAUUCAUGGCAAGGCAAGGUAAGGUAAAGGGCAGCUGGAAUAAUUCUAAUUAUGGGUUAUCAUUCCAUGAUGCAGUGGGUGUCUCCGCCCCCAAAACAAGCACUCCGAUUGCUGGAUCAUUGUUCAAGUCAGAAUGCAGCUUUGUAGGUAUCCUGGAUUUCACUCCUGAUCCCCACUCCAUUCCCCUCACAAGGCCUUAUCAUCCAGACAGCCUCCUUGCAGGGAAAGGAUCCAUUCUAAGUGAUUUGCCCCUGAAUAAAUUGCCUUGGGACAAGGCCAAGUGUAAGAGGCCUAGGCUCCCCUUUAAAAACCCUUUAGCAAAACAGCUGAUCAGCAAGUUCUCGAGGUCUACAAGGUCAAGCAAUGCAGAAGCUGGCACGGUCAAUCCGUGUGGACCUCCGGGGUUAUUUGUGAGUCGCCUCUCGGCCAAAGGGCUACAGUCUGAAGAUGGUGGCCAAGAAUGGAGUCCUCCGUCAGAGAAAAUUCAAGAUCAGGAUGUAAAAUGGCAGAGAAGGAAAAGGAGAAACAGCUUUGUCAGGUUUCACGGCGAUUCUCAAGUGACAAAGGAUUCUCCUCUUUUUGAAAAGCAAGGAGGAUCCACAAGUCCAAGCAAUCUUUCCAGAUUAGCAAAGGUCCGAUUUCUUCCUAAAAAGCCACAGCCGGAAGAAGCUGGCAUUGAGGGCCAACCUACGUGUCAACAGACAACGAUGCUUGGUCCGCCAAUCACUGAAUCACUUGACAAGCCAUCUUUUGUAGACCUCAGCCGAUCAAAGUUGUUUCCCACACCUUCAUCCGUGCCUCAUGUUGCCGACUGGUCUUCCGAACUCUUCCCAGAUCAUGACCACCUGCCCAACACAGAGGCCACCGUAUCACAGCUAACCUCUUGAAGACCCGUUUCAUUUUGAAAUACGACCUUUUGGUCAGAGUUGUACUUUGAGCAGUUUCAAUAGUUGUAAAUUUGGGGCCGAGGGCAGCAAAAUCUUGUUUUUUUAAAAAAAAAAUAAAUAAAUUAUACUGUACAUAACCAGAUUUUGCUCCUAUUCCGUCUGAUCAUUCUAAGGAAUGGAAUAUGAGCAUUGAAGGAUUCUUUCCUAGAAAGUUAAUGGUAGUUAUGACAAGGUCUUUCCCCUAGGGGUAGGCAACCUUGGCUCUUUUAUGACUCGUGGACUUCAACUCCCAGAAUUCCUGAGCCAGCCAUGCUGAGGGGAAAGGGAGAGGUUUCCAAGCUGAG